CUCAUAGUGAAAGCCGAGUCCGAUUUUCGAGGGACUUCCUUGAGAUUUCGGCUUUAAAGGACUGUUUUUGACACCAGGACAGACAGGAGCAAAGUCAAUGAAAUAAAAGCAUAUAUUCACAGUCUAAUACAUUUAAAAAAGUGUGAAGAUGGCAUAUGUAAAUAACAAGCUAUAUGAAGACAAAAUAAAAAAAAUAAUGGGUCGUUUGUGCACAGAUGUCAAAGUGAGAGAAGUUAUGCCUCAUUUGGACUGCCUCACGCGAACUGAUGUGGAGGAGGUGGAGGCUAAAAGAGACCAAUAUGGAAACUACAAUGCUGUUAGUCUGCUGCUUGAAAACCUACGCAGAAGAGAGAACUGGCCUGAUCAGUUCAUCAAUGCAUUGCGGGGGUGUGGUUAUCCAACUCUGGCUGAUGAGAUUGAAGAGUAUUAUAACAGAAUAAGAGGAAUCAACACCCAAAGGAAUAAUGCUGAAGCUGCUUCUCCUUCAGCUACUGCUCCUGCCGCUACUGAAGUUAGUUCUGCACCAUGUCCGUCUCCCAGUCCUGCCUCUGCCCCUGCUUCUUUGGCUCAAGCCACAGUUCCAGCUGCAGCUUCAGCAACAGUUACCACAGCAACAGUCCAUAAUGACCCACAAUUUACCCCAUCCUUGCUAAUUCCUCUUCCAAACAAAGCUUUAGUACCAUCAUUUGCUCCUCCCCACAUUAAGUCUUCUCUUCCUAACUUAGCUGACCAAGUUGAAGCCCCUGCCUUAGUUUCAGCCCCUAAAACUCCAAUAUCCUCUCCUUCUGAACCAGCCCAAACUGCAGAAUUACCACCAUCUGUAUUAGCUUCUCAUGUAAGACCCCCUUCUCCAGUUUCUGCUCCCCAGGUAACCUGCAGACAUGAGCAAAUUGGGGUCUCAAUCAGCUCCGUAGCCACAUCUUCUUUGGGUUCUUUGGAUAGCCGUACUGCCCAUUCUGUACCAUCCUUAGUUGCUGCACCUUCCAUUUCCAACAAUCCAUUAACCGUGUCCUCAAGCCAGUUCAACAAUUCCUUCACCCCUUCCCAGCUUCCUGUUACACAAGAGGAGAGCAAAGUUCCAGAGGCAAUCCCAGAGAGCUUCAGUUCUGUAAAACACCCCAUCCAAGACACUUGCCCUCCUGAAAAAGAGACUGUCUUAACCCAGGACUUGCAGAACAGCUUGAACAGGACCCAGCCUGAGGAGAGCGUUCACAAUUCAGUGCUACCAAACUCAGAGGGCUACCAAGCUCAGGUGACAUCCCCAGGAACAGCAGCAGCAGCAGUGCCCCUGCCUCACAAUGCUGCAGAUGCUGAUGUGUAUUUUAGUAAGCCUGGCAUGCUAUGCGAAGAGGAACCCACUUUUGAAGUGCCCUUCACUUCUGAAGAUUUGGAGAUCAGUCAUGCCACCACAGGGACUGGGGGCUCUUCAUCAGAGCACCGGGCCAGAGCUACCCCAGUGCCCAACCCUCAAAGAGCUAUGGAACUUGCUGGGCCAUGCUGUUCAGUCAGUUCUGAUGAGCUCUUGUUCAGCCAUUUCACAAGGCAUAGUUCUGAUUCUCAUUCUGAAAAUGCAGUUCAAAAUUCUUUCUCUCCUAAUGAGCCAGAGGAGAACCACUAUGAGUCUGUCAGUCAGAGUAUGCAGAUAGCAUCAGAUGUGUUAGAACACAAUGUUGAGUUUUCUGAGAUGCCAUCAGUACAAAACCUUAGUUCAAAUAAUGAGUCAGUAAGCCGACACCACAAUAGUGAAACUGGGAAUCGAAUUCAGUCUUCUGUUUCAGAAGGCCAGGUAAAUUAUGUUCCUGCCAGUGGGCAGACAGGUUCUGCUGCAGACUUGUCAGUGUAUGCAGUUCCAGCCAAUGUCAACAGACAGGAGUCAGAAUUGAAUGCUUCAGGCAAAAAUGUUUCCCCUCAAUCAGAGCAGAGAGAAGAACCUCAGGGAAUGCUGAGCCAACUCCAGUCUAAUUCUCGCCUUAUAGCUGCAGCUGUUGGCGUGACUGCUAUUUUUAUUGCCUGGAAGCUAAAGUAACAAAAUUAGAGCAUGUGACCUAUCUAAUAUUUAUUAGUAUCCACUGUAGACCAACGCUGAUGCUUUUAAAAAGGUUUCUUAACAUGUAAAUUAUACAAGUGCCUUGUUCUAAAUAAUCAUGUUUUAUUUAGGUUCUUUAUAUUGCAUUACAAAGUAAAUUAAUCAUUAAUAAAUCAAUCUGUUAUCUCGAAAAUCAGGCUUACCCAAAUUUGUCUAGUUACAUCAUAAAAUCAGUGAAAAAUAAUAUGUCACAUGUAUUCUGCGAUGUAUACAGCCAUUUAAUUUCAGCACCAUCAGCUAUGCCAUGUGUAUAAGCCUACAGCUUGCUAACUUCUUCUCCUGCUACGUAAAGCACAACUUCAUAUAUCUGACAGUCCCACAGUUGGGAAAUAUUAUUGAUUUUUUUUUUAUGUGUGUAAUCCUAAAAGCAGUGCAAGAGCAUUAAUUUCAUUAGUGAAACCAAAGCUUCAAGUGGCAGAAAGUAGCUGUAAAGUUUAGAUUCAUUACACGUUACUUCACAAUUUGCCAUGUUGUUAUUCAAAUAUUGGAAUUGUAGCUUGAAGACAAGAGAAUGAGGUGGGUUAUAAGUGAAAGAAAAUUCUCAAAAAAUUGGGAUGGAGUUAAACAUUGACUUUAUAGGUACCUUAUAGGUAAGAUUCCAAAAUGUAAUUUCCUUUAAUUGUGUAGUAUAUAUAGAUUAUUAUAUUUUUUUAUUUAAACAAACAAUAUGUUGUUUGGCUAGUUUUCUAGUUCUGUACCCUAUAGAGGGCCAUGAUGCUUGUCUUAAAUCACACUCAGCUGACAACCAUGUAUAGUCAGUACCUAACCUAUCGCACUUAAAACCACUCACAAAAUGGUAUGAAAAGAUGUAAUAAUAUUUAGAAUUUUGUCUGUAUGGGGUGAUGGUUUCUGUAUUGUUUUUAUAUUCACACAUCAGCACCUUAAAUUGGGAAAUUUUACUGUUUUAUAACGUAGACCUAUGCCUGAGCUUAAAGUUUUUAUUGUUGUAUAUAGAUUUUCUGUGAUGUGCACCAGCCUGAUCCUUAUUGCAAGACUGCAAAGAAAUGUGUAAUCACAAUAAAAUGGUGUCUGGGGAAAAAACACUGUCUGUUUAAUUAACCAAAUGCAUAUGAGAUUAACCAUCUACAGGUUACAUUUCAGUAAGUCAUCAGGAAAUGUUCAAGAUUGUUUUAUUAGAUUUCAAAUAUAAAACAGUUUGCCACCUAGGAUGAUUGUUGCUUUUAUUUACACCUUGUAAAGUUAUCUUAAGGGGUUAAACUGACAAGAAUAGCCAGAUUUAUUUUAAGUCAGGUUUAAUAGAUUGGUGGGGGCGGCACAGUGGAUCAGUGGGUAGCUCUGUCGCCUCACAGCAAGAAGGUCCUGGGUUUGAUUCCCAGGUGGAGCAGUCUGGGUCCUUUCUGUGCGGAGUUUGCAUGUUCUUCCUGUGUCUGUGUCAUUUUCCUCCCACAGUACAAAGACAUGCAAGUAAGGUGAAUUGAAGAUUCAAAAUUGUCCAUGAGUUUGAUAUUAAACUUGUGAACUGAUGAAUCUUGUGUAACGAGUAACUACCUGUUGUGUCAUGAAUGUAACCAAAGUGUG